CCGCAUUCCAGCAUUCAGAUUACAAUGCCACCAGAAUCAGAUCAUAUUCCUAAUCAAAGUCAUGAGCAAACUCAAUGGGAAAGGAGGGGUUAAUGAAAUCACUCCAAAAUUAUUUGUUUUAUUCUCUAAAUUAAAUUUUAAAAAAAUCUUGGUCCAAAAUUAUCAGUAAUUGUUUUGGAUGAUGAUGAUGAUUAUCUUCCGUUACUAGCUAGAGUUUACUUUUCUUUCCUUUUUCUCUUUUGAUAUUUUUUUAUAUAUAAAAGUUAUGUCAUUGUUUUAUUUAUCAUUUUCAGAUCUCUGUUUCUGGUCAAAUUCAGUUUGAGCCUCGAAAAACCUAUGUCUACAUUUAUCCAUCUUUGUUCUCUCUCUAACGAUUUCGCCAUUCAACAGCGAUCUUUCCGUCUCCAUCAUCGUCAUCAAAGCUCCCAUUUUCUAAACCUCAGCUCCAUUUUUUUUCCUGUUGCUAGCAGUGGCUUCCCCACAGCACAGUAAAGCAAACGGUUAGAUGCAGCAACACAAGCACCACUAACGAACCAUUGGUUCAGUUCAAUAUAUAACGAACCUGAUACUCUUUUCAUCUCACACCUACCGACACCACUUCCUGCUUUAGUGCGAAAGCCAUUUCAGCACAUUAAAUGGAGGUUCACGGUGAUGAUGAUCCCGUGGUGAUGGUGGUUCCCAACCAUUCAGAAGAUUCCAACAUUGAGAUUACUAUAUCACCAGAAUCAGAUCAUAUUCCUAGUCAAAGCCAUGAGCAAACUCCAGUUGCUGCCUCACCGCAAUUAGAUGGAAAUGGAGGGGUUAAUGAAAUCACUCCAGAAGAUCUGAGUUCUUUAAAAAGAAAAGUGUACGUAUAUGCACUCCGCGACAUGUGGCUAGAAGCACAACCCAUUUUCCAAAACAAUCCUAACAUGUUACGCAUUCCGUUGACUGCUAAUAGAGACGACACAGCUCUCAAUGUAGCAGUGAGUGGCAGGAGCACUACUUUUGUGGAAGGGUUGGUUAGCCUUAUGAGCCCAGAAGACCUGAUAAUACCAAGGAUUAGUCCUAUGGAUACGCACAUUGGCGGACCUUGGUUUAAGAUGGAUGAAUCAAAUGAAUAUGAAUCUGAAUCGAAUGAAUCGAAUGAAUAUGAAUAUGAAUCUGAAUCGAAUGAAUAUGAAUCGAUGGAUGAUUCGAUGGCUUACAACCAUAUUGAACGACUGUUUUUUACGACCAUAGAAAAAAACACAUUUGGUCCGGCAUUGAAAUUAUUAGAAAAAUAUCCAACGCAGUUGGGCCUUGCAAGAGAUGAUCAACGUAAUUGCCAAAAAGCAUUGAAGAUGCUGGCACGAAAGCCUUCAGUAAUUCUAAACAAAGUAGAGAGGAGAGAAGAGGGGCAAGAGGGUCUGAAAUUGCUUGAGCGAUUAUAUUGGGGCGUUAAUAAAAUGGAGGAUUGUACGGUGUGGUUUUCUUUAGUGAAAUCAGGAAACCUUGACGCUUUAAAACGCCUUAUUGGAAAUAAUAGUGAAGUGCUCAUGACCAUAAAGGACAGCGAUGGAAUGAGCCUACUGCAUAAGGCUGUUUUAUGUCGCCAACGUAGCAUUGUUUCCUAUAUACAAGGUUUCACAUCCAGAGAAGAUAACCUUGUACUGGGAGGGGUCGACAAUAAAGGUAACAACGUUCUACACUUAGCUGCUGCGAAGCAGCAAUCUUCGUCACAUCUAUUAAGAAACGCAAAGGUGGAAAUGCAAAAUGAUCUCGCAUGGUUUAAGGAAAUCGAGAAGAAAUUUCAUGAAUUCAGCUACAACACAAUGGUGAACGACAAAGGCAAGACACCAGAGGAGGUAUUUUAUGAUCAACACGAGGAUUUAUCUGACAAGAUUAAAGAUGAUUCCAAAGAAAUAGCCAACUCGGGCAUGAUUGUGGCAAUACUUGUGGCCACGGUAGCAUUUGCCGCUGCUCUCACCGUUCCAGGUGAAAAGACCAAUGCGUGGUUUGUUGUCUUCAUAUUCACAAAUGCAGUUGCAUUAUUUGCUUCUUCAGCGUCAAUACUCUCUUUCUUGUCAAAUUUCACUUCAUUGAGAUUCGGACAACGCGAAUUUGUCAAAUCACUACAUCCGAGCUUGACUUUUGGGCCCGUGUUACUUUUUAUCUCUGUUGUUGCUAUGGUUGUGGCUUUUACAGCAGCCUCCUUUUUGAUAUUUGAUCACACCUCCAAGUGGGUUUCUUACGCAGUUGCUUCAAUGGGGUUUUUUCCAUUACUGCUGUUUAUUCUGUUUCAAUUCAGGUUUUUCGACGACAGCUUGUGGUCUAGAUAUUAUCGUCUGUCCAAAUUUGAAAAAUUUGAGUAAGUUAUUACAGAGAUACAGCUUGUGGUCUAGAUAUUAUUGCCUAGAUUGUUGCUUGUCAGCCGGUCAAAAGCUUGUGUUUGAAUUUAAGAUUAUUCUGUAUUUUCUAUCUUAGUGUUUCCGCUUUAAUAUGAGACUAUACUGCAUAUUGUAUUUUUCGAAAACUA